UUAAAUAAAAAAAAAACAGCACACGUGACCCGAGAGUCAAGGUAAAAUUUGAGCUGUCCAUAUAAAUCGCUAAGUGAGCGCAACAUUCCUUUCUCUUGUUGUUAAUCUCGCCAAACUGGACAAGUGAGAGUUGAUAGACUGCCUGAACAGAAUAGCGCCAGGAAAAGCUGCGUUGUCACCCUCGCUGGACGACUGAUCUCCUUUCAAGAUGUGGUCUGAAGGAGGCUCUUUCGUCAAGGGGGUGGCCCUAGGAGGAGUCUUCUACCUGUUGCUCUCGCUCCUAGGGAGUUUCAGCCCAAAUGCCAAAUCUGUCUCGGAGGACCUUCACCAACACCACCAUGUCCAGGCGCAGAGUAACGAUAACCUGAAGCAGCUCUCGGAAUCGCAGACGCAGGAGUUAAAAGAUCAAGUCCGCGUCUAUUGCGUCAUCAUGGUCCAGCCAAAGAUUCUGGUCUACUGGGCUGCUGCCGUGGGCACCUGGAGCAAACACUGCGACAAGGCCGUGUUUUACACCUCAGAGUCAUCCAAGGCCCUCGAGGCAGUUGACCUGCAGGAAAGAGAUGGUUGGGCGAGGUUGUGUAAAGCUCUAAAGCAUGCUUACGAGAACGCCGGGGACCUGCGCUGGUUCUUCGUGGCACAGCCCAUGACCUUUGCCAUCAUCGAAAACCUCAAGUACCUGCUGCUCACCAAGGAUCCCAGUGAGCCCUUCUACAUGGGCAACGCCUGGAAGUCCGGGGAGCUGGAGUAUGUCACGUACGAGAGCGGCAUCGUCCUCAGCUACGAGGCUCUGAAAAGGUUUGUGCGCGUGCUGGACGACAAGAACAAGUGUCCCAUACGAGUGAACCGCCUGUGGAAGGUUAGCGAAGACAAACAGCUGGCCAUGUGUCUCAAGUACACAGGCGUGUUCGCUGAGAACGGCGAGGACACGCGCGGCAUGGGCCUGUUCAACGGGAAGAGCCUCGAUGCUCUGAUCAAGGAAAGUAUGAAAAACAACCCCAAAAAUGUGGUCGAGGGCUGCUGCUCCGACUUUGCCGUCACAUUCAACGGCAUGACCCCCAACCAGAUGCAGGUGAUGAUGUAUGGCGUCUACCGGCUUCGUCCAUAUGGCCACGAUUUUCACGACUUGCUCAUUUUUGACCCGCCAGAAGGUUCGGAUAAUGACUAGGAUCACAGGCUGCGCCAGGCCUUUUUGUACGAGCUGCUUGAGUGUGAAGAUGUUUUCCAUCGGGAUCCUCACUGGCGGAAAUGCUUCCUUGGGCGUCGAUUAAGAAAAAACAAGAAUGUCCAUUGCUCACUAACUGUUCUUUGAAGGCAAAGCUGGGAACUGUGUUAAUGUGAAAUUGGUUCCCGGAAACAUCCAAUAGCUUCUUUUAUUUUUUUUUAAAUCCUAUUCUGUCUUUGUGCUGUCCUGAAGCUGCAUUACAUUCAUUCAUUCAUUCAUCUUCCGAGCCGCUUGAUCCUCACUAGGGUCGCGGGGGGUGUUGGAGCCUAUCCCAGCUGUCUUCGGGCAGUAGGCGGGGGGACACCCUGAAUCGGUUGCCAGCCAAUCGCAGGGCACACAGAAACGAACAACCAUUCGCACUCGCACUCACACCUAGGGACAAUUUAGAGUGUUCAAUCAGCCUGCCACGCAUGUUUUUGGAAUGUAGGAGGAAACCGGAGCACCCGGAGAAAACCCAUGCAGGCCCGGGGAGAACAUGCAAACUCCACACAGGGAGGCCGGAGCUGGAAUCGAACCCGGUACCUCUGCACUGUGAAGCCGACGUGCUAACCACUAGACUACCGGGCCGCCCGCUGCAUUACAUGAGCACACUAAAUCCAGACACCUUGCAAAUCCCUUUUCAUGUCUGCUCUAAUUUUACAAUUUAAAGAUGCGUACGUUG